CUUCAAGUAAUAGAGGGACUUUUCGCACUUUCUUGGUCAUCAACUUGUCUCUUGUCUUUGUGUUUCAAACAUAAUGAACCAUUCUCUUGACCUUAAAAACCUGGCAUUUGGUUUAAAAAUUCGAAAUGAGUAUUGCCAUUUGCGUCUCCCAUAUAUUAUGACCAGCGGCGUUGUGCCGACAAAAUCAAAGCUUUGAAAACAUGACACUCAACAGCCCAUGGCAUAGGGAGUUUUGUCUUAGCAGUUGGCAUGCCAUGCACUGGUACUAUUUUCAGCUACAUACCCUUCCAAUGCAAGGCAAAAAGAACAACAAAGCAAUUCCGCCGGAAUAUGCAAGACUCGGAAAUAAAGCAUUAUUAUGGACUGUUUGUAUGUGCCGAACCCGAAAUUGGCGCAAAUUAUCUUUGACGAUAGAUUGUUUCAAUUAACUAUAUCCAGUAACACUCCGAGUUUCGCAACACUGAACGAAAGUCGCUACAUUUCUUGUUCAGCUGAGAAAGAUCACACGACCUCAAAUGGGCAAGCUAGACUGGGUUAGAACCAUUCUUUAAUACCUUUGUAGGGUGCCCUGCAUACUACUCGACAGCGGUGGCCUUGCGGCAACAUAACAAGAGGAAAGCUGUCGACUUGACCCCACAACUCGCAAAUAGAAACAAUUUUCCUACCAUAGUUUCGCGUGUAGUCUAUAGAGAUUAAGUGUUUGAAAAAUUUAUGCAUGACAGCUUUCGCGUUGGGCUUUGUCGGGAUAAACAGCGAUGUAAACAAUACAAAUUUCACCUUUCGGGUUUGGUAUUUUUGAUUGGCAGUUUCAUUUCAAGCACAUAACGUCGCCACAAUAACAAGCGUUGUACGACUAUAUUACACAGGGCAUUCAGAGUCGCGUUUCAAAUCUGCCUCGAAUGCAAAUCGCAUGCGGAUAUAUUGAUGCCGAGCACUAUUAUGGUCGAAUUUAAAAAUGCCCAUAGGGUCAUGCUGUGUAAUUUGAGACGGAAGGUAAUUUAACACUCCGAAAGCCUCAAGGCAGACAUCGUUCUGAGCAGUAGACUUCGGUUUAUCCCGUAAUUUAUAGCAAAACUUUCGAAAUACAAAAGGUUAUAGUACACGAGGGCGCAUCGCCCCGUCGAAAUUAACGCCACUCGAGUGAAUUCGGCGCUGAAACGCGAACGUGCAAACAACAGCUAAAUCUGAUUGUGCAACUAUGGCAAUUAUUAAGAAACGUGUGGAUUCCCGCAGAGUGGUGGGUUUACAUACUUAAGCUGACGAACCAUGCGAAGAUAAGGCGAUUCGUACCAACAGCAACCAUCUCAAACUUACUGGUAUCGUCAAAAAAUGCCUAAGGCAGGCGAACUAGACGAAGGAGAUGAGCUCAGGGCUGCGAAACCAAAGCCCAAAUCGAAUCGAAAAGGCAAGGGAACGAACUCGAACGGACACGAUUGUCAUAUAUGUCGUAAGAGCAAUAUGACUUUGUCUGGCUUGAAAAUACAUCUUCUCACACACACGGGAGAGAAACCUUACCUUUGCACCGUCUGUGACAAGCGAUUCACUUGUUCAUCGAAUUUGAAAAAGCAUCAAAGGAUUCACAACAAGGACUACAUUUACGAAUGCGAAGUGUGCGGGAAAACGUGCAGCGAUCCGAGCAAUAUGAAGAAACACAUGACGGUGCAUUCGGGCGAGAAAGCGUACGUUUGCCCGUCUUGUGGCAAAAGCUACAGCUACGCUCAGAGCCUGAGACAACACAUGGACGACGUCCACGUGGGAAACGGCGAAAAACGACCAAAGAAUAAACGAAAAGGCCAUUUUCCCUGCCCCGAAUGUGGCAAGGUUUUUGGCUACUAUUGGCGCUGUUCCCUACACCAGGCUCGCGUGCACGCUGUCGACAGACCCUACAAAUGCCCAGAGUGUGGGAAAAGUUUCGCGAGGGAGACGAUACUCAACAAACACCUGCAAACUCACGAGAAACCGUAUUCGUGCGCCGAGUGCGAUAGAAAGUUCAGCUUUCGCGAUCAGCUUCAGAAGCACAAGAGAACGCAUAGCGGAGAGCGGCCGUAUCAGUGCGAGACGUGUCUUCGCUCGUUCAGCCAACGAGGGAGUUUGAACGAGCACAAAAGGACGCACACUGGAGUCAAGCCGUACGUCUGUCAAAUUUGCGGCGUGAAAUUUUCCUCGAGUAGUAGUCUUCGGCGUCAUGAGCGCAAGGUGAAGUCCUGCUUCCCAGCACCCGAGGGGGAAGAGAUCCCCAUGCGAAGUCUGUACCCUCGGAGGCCGAUAUACGUACCCACACCCCCGAUAAGCAUAGCCAGAGUCGAAACCGCACCGGUGAAUGAAUCCCAUGGCUUAAAGUGGGUGCAAAAACCCUAUACACCUACAAGUACCAUGCACAAUGGGAUUUCUACCGCUGAUUCGUUUUCAACUGAAAAUGGGUUGACUCGAAGUGGCUCAACCACAGAAUUGGGUGAUGUUCAUCAUGCAGCUGGUGAAAUUUAUGAUGGUAAUGGUAAUCUAGAUGCGACAAUGGUACCAACCAGUCAAAUUUCUAUGGUUGUGAAGUGCGAUAAGAAUGGUAUGAUAUCUGUGGUACCAGUUACACUUCAGGCUGUGAAUGGCAUUGCACAAUUGGCACCCAGCAAUGGCACACCCAAUGAUUCGGAACAUUGUGAACCUGUUGCCUUGGCAACAUCAAACCAACCAUGCUCCUCUGCACAGAUUCGUCGACCAACUUUUGCAGAACCUUCCAACAAUUUUGCUGUUGCAUCAACAAACCACCAACUAUACCCCACCAGCCAUUCAGUUGCAACGGAAACAGCAAACUUUGACCCAAGUAGACUAACCUCAGUGGCAAGUGAUGCCACUGUUGCCAUGGAGACAAUGCACAACAGUCAACAUGGUGAUCCUAACGAACCAAAUUUCGGCAGUGAAGCGGACAAUGUCGAAGCUGAUAUCCCACCAGAAUACCCAAGUAUGUCCACCAUUUCCAUGAAACCACGCUUUAUUGAGAAUGGUGAAUACAGUCAAGAUGAAAUGAGAAAUGGUCACGAGACAUCCUCCAACCCAACCCUAGCUGAUGCCCACCAUAGAGUAAUGACCAAGCAUUCACCAUCACCUAACGACCACCAGAGUACCAAUAUCUAUGGUACUUCAGCAGAAACCAGCCCCAACCCAAAUGUUACUCCUGUAUUGUCUCCACCCCAGCACCAGCUACUCACCAAACACAAACCACCAACCUCAAUGACCAGUAUCACUUUGAAUGGUCAGUAUUCUAAUCACCACCCACCAAUCACCACCAGUCUCAUGUGUGAACCAUUAUCUGCUGACAUCAACAACAAUAUGAUGAGAGAAAAUGCUAACAACCAUAUGCCUGUUAGAUGCCUCACUAUCAUGCACAGCCCUGAGAGAACAGCCCCUCUCCAACCCACAAGUGGGUCCUGCAUGCAUGGUGAUGGUAUGGAGCAUAAUGUACCAAGGACAGUAUCAUCAACCAACGAGUACCAUGCGCAAUCACCUCCGCAUAUCUUACUGCCAAGUACCAUGAUAAAAUCACAGUUAACUGACAUGGAACCAAAAGAUAUCAAACCUAUUCUGGGUGUUGAUGUACCAGUAUACAAGUGAUAUCACAGGUACCAUGGUCUGUUUCUCGAAGCUUCAAAAAACUUUGUUGGUAACCUUGGAUUUUUUCAUAUUAUGUGAGAACUUUCAAUUUUUUUUGGAUAUUGUGUGACAAUGCUUCAGUUAUUAUUAUGAAGUGUUUUGGUUAUUUUCAACAUAUAUUCACUGUUGGACUUGUUCCCAUUCAUUUAUUUGGAUAUUAUGAACUGAUUGACUAAUUUUGUUGAGUGGCUUAAGUUAAAAUAUAUAUUUUAUGCGGAUAUUAUGAACUGAUUGACUAAUGUUCUUGAGUGGCUUGAGAUAAAGAUGCAAAGAAUUCUCGUGUCGAUGUAUAUUAUGCGGAUAUUAUGAACUAAUUGGCUCAAUUCCAAUAUCAAUGGUGUGAGAUUUUCACAAUGUCUUUGAGACUGUACCGCUAAUACCACCCCAGUUACUGGAGUUAAAGUGUGACAGUGUAUUGAGUUGGUAAAUACUAUGUGGAUAUUAUUGAUCGAAUGGGUUAUUUUCAACAUUAAUAGUUGUGGAACUUUGAAAAGCUUGUAUGGGAACUGUAUGGCUGAAAUACACACCUUUCUGGGAUUUAUUGUGUGAAAGAUGUUGACCUUCACUGAUGUAUAUUACGUGUGGAUUAUGAACUGAUUGGGCUUAUUUUGUACAUUAAUAAUAGUGUGGAACUUUGUUGAUUUCUUGGAAAUUGUGUGACUCAAGUAGUUAUGGUAGACAUUGUCAUCUGGAUUCUAUAUUGAUGGCUAACUCUCUAUGGUACCAUUUACUGACUGCAACAUUUGUGUACAACUAUUGUGUUUAUAAUUUUGAAAACGGAUGUCAAUUUAGGGCAUCACAUGUGCAAGUUUGACAGUAUCGCUUGGACUGGACUGGACGGUCUUGAAUGGUACUGUAUGGUGAGUUAUUAAUGGUACUCUAUUGGGUAAUCAUCACUUAGACAUUGGUGUUGAACUAAUCUGAACUAAUGUGUAUUCGUACCAUGGGCAAGGCAUAUGGUCGGGGAUAAAAAGUUAAUAAUUUGUUUAAAAAUAAUGGUGUCGAGUUCUAUACUACAAAAAGACAGUUAAGUAUGUAUAGCAUUAGUUGCAUGAAUUUCCAAUUCAAAAUUUUAGCAGCUCCCCUCCUGGUGGAACUGAAUUUUUGAUUGGGACAUCAAUUGAUAAAGACACCCUUGCUUUUUUAAACACAUUUAUAUGACAUAGUUUGUCAAAAUAUGAUUUGCUUUGGCUGGUCUAUUUCCGUAGUUAGAAUAAUUUUGCGCCGCCAAUAAAAUGUAAAAUCAUACAAGACAAAUGAAUCAUGUAAAUCUCUGCAUAUUUUUCUACAGCAUGCAUUUUGAUAUAUUUAUAAUAAUUUUGUAUUCAUUUUUCAUAUAUUUAUAGUAAAAUAUAAAGUGGAAGUGAUGUCUGUGUAGGUAAACAAAAGGUUAGAUCAACCAAAUACCCAUCCAUGG